AUGAAGGUCACUUACGCAGCGCUACCUGCGCUCUUCGCAGCUUCAGCUUAUGCUCAGGCCAAUGCCACAGGAGAGCUCGGUGUGGGACCUUAUGCGAACGAGAGCUUGUUCCAGAAUGCCAACCAAGCUGCGAGCAAGUCGGUGCCCUUCAGCUUGUACUACCCAUCGCCGGAGGAUGCUCAGGCACCAGAGUGGACAUGGAUCAACACAGCCGCGGUACCUGACAGCGACAUCCCCAAUGCUCAAGCUCUGAACACCGAGUACGUGUUCGAGUGGCCGAAUGGUGGCAGCCUUCAGCAGGCUGUUGCUACCAAUGCUGGCCAGACGAGCACCAAUAGCUUCUGUGUGACGGUUGUGGAUAGCUUGUUUCCACAGUCAAAUCUAACAUCCAUUCUCCGCUGGGACUCAACCAACGACUACGACGACGGCAACGAAAGCAACCCAGACGACUUCACCGAGAACAGCUGCGUCUCUGCACUUCGAAAGCGAUGUGUCGACGCCAUCCUUGAGCAUUGGCGCGAGGCUGCACCUGACGCGAGUGGCUGCCGUGGUCCAAACGUCGAUCUGAACAGUGUCCACCAGUGCGACUGGGCUAUCGAUGGGUACUCCGCGCAGACUUAUGACCUCCUCGCAAACCAGACCGACGCAGCCAACGGCUCCUUCCCACUCCAAAGCGGAACUGGCUUCGCUCACGUCACUACGGAGGCAUACAACGGCGACAACCAGACGUACAUCGAGCAGGAGGGUAGCAGACUGCAGAUGGUCGUGAUUGAUUCCGGCAACAUCCUCACUCCCCUUUGCAUGCGUGUAGACACCUCCAUAAAAGCGACUGGACAGAGCAAUGGCGCUUCCGAGCAAGGUGCUGCUUCGAACACGAUGCUGAAUGCGUGGAUGUUGGCUGCUAGUGUUGCUACUGUGGCGGCCUUCUAUCUAUAA